AUGAAGGUGCUGUGCGUGGCACUCAACCAGUACCAGGGGAGACGCAUCGUAGCGAUGCAUGAUUCAGCAGUCGACGUGGGGCACCCCCGCUGCGGCCUCGCUGCCGGCUGUGGUUUCGCGACCUUUGCGGUGCAAGUCUAUACUUUAGAGCCUCUUGACAACUGGUCCGCCAGCAAUAAACAGCUUGCCUUUUCGAUUUUCAUCGAUGACCUCUUGCAAGGGAUCACCAGACCCACCCUAGGCGAGGUUGUAAGCCACCUGGUGAAAGGCGUGGCUGAUUUGCAUGUGGUCAUCAGGACCGAGCUCAAAUAUACGAUUGCCGUCGCCAAGUCCGCAACCAUUGCCAACCAUGCAGGUCUGAAGGCGCGGCUCGCCAAGGCACCGGGCAGACACGCUG